UCGCUCACAAACAUGUGGUUAUUUAUCGCAGUUUAUCGCCCCCACCGCCGCAGACCGCAACACAGACUGGCCCGUGCGCCGCAGCCUACGCUCUUUGAUGCAGUUCACAUGGACACAUCUCCUCUCGUACACACAUGUCUGGGACACUUGGGCGACUUGGCAUGCAAUAGUCCGACUAUUCCAUGACAAGAUAAAGUCAGUCCCGUGCGGUUUGGGUGCGUACUGUAAUGCAGAUUUGAGAUCCGAAUUCACCGGGCCAGCCAGGCAGAGCCAGUCGGGGCCAGUCGGACCUGCCUAUCAUCAUAAUUGGUCUGACCGACUCCUGGCCGGGAUCCUCAGCCGACACACGGGGAAUCCAGCGAUAACAUGCGGAUAUCUCGAUCUCAACGUAGUCCUUCGCGACUUGGAGACCGGCUGUGCGAGUUGUGUUGACAUGCGAAGGCUUGGCGAUUAAUGAAGUAUCGAUCGAGGCAACUGCGGAAUGCAAAGUUGCCGUCGUGCGUCGGGUCCUGCGUCGCGUCUCUUACAGGACCUACGAGUCGUCGGGACGAUGCACCGAGUGCACCCGCGAGUGUUACUCAAACAUAUGAUGUACUCGGGCGUCCCCUCCGUAACGGCGAGUACUAUCCGCUUAGUACACAGCG